CACAGAUGUUGACAAUCGAUAUAAAGCCAACCAAAUCGUUUCCUGACCAGAAACCAGGUACAAGUGGUUUACGUAAACCAACAAAAACAUUUAUGCAACAUGGGUACACUGAGAACUUCAUACAAUCUAUUUUAAAUGCAGCUGUUGGUGAAUUGUUGAACAAAUCUCAACCAGUUCGACUUCUUUUAGGCGGAGACGGUCGGUAUUUUGUACGAGAAUCAUUACAAAGUAUCAUUAUCCCAAUAUGUUUAGCUAAUGGGGUAUCUGAAUUGUUUGUUGGUCAAAAUGGAAUCCUGUCAACUCCAGCUGCAUCAUUCAUAAUUCGUAAGCAUCAAUUGAAUGGUGGUAUUCUUCUAACAGCUAGUCAUAAUCCUGGUGGACUAAAUGCAGACUUUGGUAUUAAGUACAAUUGUGGGAAUGGUGGACCAGCACCGGAGAAAUUAACAGACGCUAUUUUUGCACAAAGUGAAAAGUUGACUUCUUAUAAAACUGUUAAAGAACCAUUAAAUAUUCAGUUGGACUGUAUUGGUUCUACGAAAUAUACUUUAUCCAAUGGCCAAACUCCCAUAGUAACGAUCAUAAGCAGUGUUUCUGAUUAUGCCGAUUACAUGCGCACAUUGUUCGAUUUUGAUGCUAUUAAAACACUAUUGACUGGUUCACAUCAGCGUGAACCAUUUAAAUUGCUUGUCAGUGGUCUUAACGGAGUCAUGGGGCCUUACAUUCAUGAGAUAUUAUGCAAUCAACUUGGAUUAAAUUCAGAGUUAGCUAUUAAAUCUCAACCACUAGAAGAUUUUGGCGGUGGUCAUCCUGAUCCAAAUUUGACUUAUGCGGCAGAUCUUGUCCAAAUGAUAGUGGCUGACUCAUCAAUUGCAAUGGCAGCCGCUUUUGAUGGUGAUGGUGAUCGAAAUAUGUUGAUUGGUCGACACGGUUUUUUUGUAUCACCGUGUGAUUCGUUAGCUGUGAUUGCAGAUAAUACAGAUUGUAUUAAAUAUUUUCAAGAGAAUGGUGUUCAUGGAUUUGCACGAAGUAUGCCUACCAGUAGAGCACUUAAUCUUGUAUGUAAAAGUCGAUCAAUGCAGUGUUACGAAGUUCCAACAGGAUGGAAAUUUUUCGGUAAUUUAAUGGAUGCUAAAUUAUGCUCUUUAUGCGGUGAAGAAAGUUUUGGCACGGGUUCUGAUCAUAUACGUGAAAAAGAUGGUUUAUGGGCAUUACUUGCAUGGUUGUCUAUUUUGGCUAAACGUAGUCAAAUUGGUUUGCCAGUAGAUGUCGAGUCAAUUGUAAUGGAACAUUGGAAGAAAUACGGAAGAUAUUUUUUCACUAGAUACGAUUAUGAAAAUUGUGAAUCAAGUCAAGGUGAUGAAAUUAUGAAUGAAUUAAAGAAAUUAAUUGACAAUAAUAGAAUAUCAGGUCAUGUGUACACCACUGUCAGUGGACGACAGUUCGUUUGUGAUUUUUGUGAUAAUUUUUCAUAUGUGGAUCCAGUUGAUGGAAGUCACACUGCAAACCAAGGUUUUCGCUUAAUUUUUAAUGAUGGAACACGAUUUGUGUAUCGUUUAAGUGGUACAGGCAGUAGUGGUGCAACACUUCGAGUGUAUGUUGACACUUAUGAAUCAGAUCCGGCUAAACAUACAAUUGCUUCACAGGAAUAUCUGAAACCGCAUAUUGAAUUAGCAUUGGAAUUAUGCGGUGUAACUAAAAUCACUGGUCGAGUAGCUCCAAAUGUCAUCACAUAAAACGUCUUAUCCUACAAAGCUGUUGAUUUUCUACCUUUGCUGCACAACCCAUUCAUGGUGAUUAAUUAAACAUAACACUGAUGACUGUCAUUCGUAGUCUUUUGAACAUAGAAUCGUAUGCGAUCAUGGUAAUUAAACGAACCUUGCACUCCUCCAAUCAACAGUGAUUCUUCUUAUUAUUACUAUUAUAAAUUCUCCCGUAUAUUAAUAUUGUUCCCGUUGGUUAAUGAUUACUACAUCUACCUUGUCGCUGCCGCUGUCAUCCUUUUAGUAAUAUUUAGAUGAUAAGAUCAUAAUGCAUUUGCUCAUCGUUUAAAUCUUUCGCUAUAUCUAUCCCCUCUGAUUCAACAUGUGUUUAAAAGUGAUUUUUCCAAUAGUUUAUGCUGAAUUAUUUGUCCUUUUUUUUUCAAGCAAAUGAAUUUUUUUAGUAGCCUCUUUUUUUUAGGUUUCCUCUCUCAUUAUCUAGUCUUGUUUUUAUUUUAAAAAUAGUGUAUUUUUCGUGCCUUUAACACUUUCAUUUUUUUAGUAGAUAAUUUUUCAAAAAAGUAAUUACACUCCCGCCUACUGAUCAAUAUUACGCGGUGACACGAACAAUCUUUUGGUUAAUAAUUCAGUGGUGCUUUUCGUAGACAUUAUUAUUCUAGUAAUAGACAAUCGGUGGAAAGCACUGUUUCAUAUAUGUUUCACGCUAGUCAAUACUCAACAACAUAGUUUAUUUGUAAUUUUUUGUGGGAACGUGGGUGCUUUUCCCAUGUAUUUCGAUGCUAUAUCAUUCAACACCGAAAACAUCACCAAUGAGCUAUAUGGGACGCCAGGAUCCACCUCCUGUAAGUCCAGGAUAUUUGUGCUAAGUUAUCACGCUUCGUGUUUCUUAGUCAUGAUUUCUGACCGAAUUCUACUGAACAGUACAGGUGUACGAUUUUUAUUGAAAAAUCGGGUUUACAUCAUAACCUUAGAUUCCUAUUUAAAGGAUGAAGGCUAGAAAUACUACUAUUGCCAAAGACCAAUUAUCUAAACCAAAGUAGAUCUCAUCAUAAUCAAAACUGAAAUUCAGUCUAUGAAAAACAGAGACUCUUCAUUCUUAAAACAACAUUCUAGAACAAAUCAAUCAUGAGCUUUUUUCAAAACCCUGUCGUCUAAAGUUUUCGUUCAAAUCAAAAGCCUUCUCACAGUAAAAGAAGUUGAUAUAUAGUGAUGAAUUCCAUUCAAUCGAUUGUUGAACGGCGAUCCGUAGUGUCGCAACCUGGUCUGUGCACGAUCAAUUCUUACGGAAUCCAGCCUGUUGAUCUCGAAGUUGGACGUCUACUGUAUCUUCCACUCGGUUCAACAACACUCUGUCGAAAACUUUUCCUGAUACCGAUAGUAGUGUGAAGCCUCUGUGUUUCUAACACUUGCUGAGAUCCGCUUUCUUUGGUAUCUCGAUGAGAUUUCCUUCUUUUCAGUCUGUCGUCACUUGUUCUUCCUCCCAAAUCUUUAUGAAUAGAAUGCGGAGCAUGUUUGCAGUUACCUCUAUGUCUGACUUCGAUGCUUCAGGUGGUAGAUUUUCAGAGCGUGCUGUUUCCCCACUCUUGAUUUGUCUGAUGGCCAUGUUGAUUUCCUCGACCGUUGUGGAAUGACAUCUAUGGGAAGGUCUGUGUAUUUUGCUUCGAUGUCUGGUGAGUUCAGUGAGACUGAUCUUCUCAAGAGUUCUUCAAAGUGUUCUACCCAUCUGUUCCUCUGUUCCUAAAUCUGAGUGAUUGGCAUGCCUUCUUUGUCCUUGACCGGUCUCUCUGCUUUACCAUAUUUCCCUGACAGUUUCUUCGUUGUAUCAUAUGGUUGUCUCAUAUUUCCUUCUCUUGUAGCUUUUCCCCUCUGUCAUUGCUAGGUCUUGCACAUAUUUCCGUUCGUUGGCUCUAAUGCCCUUCUUCACUUGCUUGUUUACUUUUGUGUAUUGAUUGUGAUUCCCUUCUUCUUUAUUUUGAAAAAUGCUUUGAUGAUCCCGGAUCCAUCAAACUCCCACCUUUUAAGCGUUUUUCGUGCUUCUUUGGACAGCAUUAGUUCAACUCACUGCGUGUGCGAAGUACUUACUUCUUCAUGACCAGAGUACAACAGCAUCUCUCCUGAAUCCAAUUUUUUCUGUUCAGUUUGGGUCCAAUGGGUUUCGCUGAUUCCGAGCACCGUUGAGUUGUAUCUCCUGAUUUCCGUAGCCAUUUGAUUAAUCCUCCCGGGAACUACAGCAACCCUAGAAGAGCUACAGGUGUAGUUGCAUACAAAGUUAGACACCUGAAUUGUUCCUCUGGAAAGAAGCUCAAUUUAAAAGUUUUGCAUUGGUUCCUAACAAAUGUAGCAUAUGAAACAAAUUCUUCUUCAGGUCUUUUAUCAAUUCUAAGAAAAUUAUAUCGCAAGUUAAAUAAAGAAGUCUGAGUAGUG